AUAGUGCCCAGUUUCAUUCGACAUGUUUAAAAAUAGAAAGACUAUUGAUGUUCAAUUUCCAUUUCUUAUUCUUAGGAGCUGGAGGAUUAGUUGCCAAUGCAAGUGGAAAGCAACGUCCAGACACUGGCUUUCCGGAAGUGGAUUCUGCAGCUGCGGCACAUUGCAAUUGUUCAUGUAAGAGCCCAUCCCCUCCCUUAAUUCCACAUGAGAAGAUUACUCAAAGUACAGAUCAAACUGAAGAGCGUGACAGAUUGGAAGAUGAAGAUGAUGAUGAACCCAGUGCCAUAGAAGUAACAGUUGCUGGCUCAACAUGGCAAGAGGAAUACCAGAACUCAAUCAAACAUUGCAGGGCUGAAAAAAAUUCACAAUCAGAUCCUAGUAAGCCAUAUCCAUUGAAACUUAAAAGUGAGGAUACAAACAUGAUCGAUAGGAAUGCUUUGGUUGUUUUGCAUAAUGCUAAUGACAAUUAUAGGCUGGGCUACAUUCCUGGAUGUGAUAUUCCCAGAGUUACCAAAGCCCUCCGUGGGAACAAAAUUAUAUCGGUCUCUUUAACAAGUAUUUUCAGACAAUAUGCUCCUAAACAUUCUUCGUACAACCUGAGGGCAAAAAUAACUAUUGUCAAAAAUGGAAAGUGGGAAAAACAAUCAAAAGAUUAUAAGUACAACGACAAAAUUUAAACAAUUACAAUAAAACAUAUUUGGUAUCACUUCUGUUAAAGGGAGAAUCAGAUCUAGCAAGCAAGUUUAACAAAAAGUGUUUCCUUUUCAAAUGUUUUUAGGUCAUGUCAUUCCUUGUCAUGUGUAUUUUCCUGAAAUCCCCAGAGUGCAUACUUUAUUUCAAUAAACUGAUUCAAGUGUUUCAACAAUAAUGCAUUCUUUUUCAAUAAUUAUGGUAACCAUUUUUAUUUGUGAGAAUAGUACUUAUAAUUUCACCAAUUCAUAACAUAUCACAGAUAUCUUGGGGAAUAUUGUUUUUGAGAUCAUAGGGAAUGGAUUGGUAGAUCAAUCAUACCAUGUAACUUGCAAUUUUUUCAGCAUCUAUAGUACAUAUCUGAUUCUGCCUUU